CGCGCUGCACGUGAGCGGCGCGGCCCCGGCCGGGAGCUCGAACCCGGAGGAACCCUGGGGGAGGACCUGGAGGCCCACGGGAGCCCCAGGUCCCCGCGUGGGAAGGCGCCAACCGCACCGAGAUCCUGAAGCACCGCCCUGAACGUGAGGCUCCACCCACUCCGCCCGUGUGGCGCGUCUGCUUCCAGCGUGCGCAGGCUCCCUCAGGCCGCCAUUACGCUCCCGCCGCGGUGUUAGUCCACAGGUUAGAGGUCUACGAGUCCGGAGGAAAGGCCGAGUGCCAAGUCUCGACGACAGCGGCCUACAGCUGCAGGAGCCGCACAUUUAGGGCGAGGUGUUCGCUAUUUGGCUGACGGUGUACCCUUCCUGGAGCCAUGGUCCAUGCCUUCCUUAUCCACACCCUGAGGUCCCCAAAUGUGGAAGACCGAAGCCUUUGCCGAGUGCUCUACUCCUGCGUCUUUGGUGCUGAGAAGUCACCAGGUGAUCCAAGGCCACAUGGUGCAGAGCGGGACAGGCUCCUCCGAAAGGAACAGAUUUUGGCUGUGGCCAGGCAGGUGCAGUCAAUGUGCCAGCUGCAGCAGCAGGCAUCUGGCCGGCCCCUUACGGACCUGCAGCUGCAGUCCUCAGAUGAGCCCGUGUCCCUGCAUGAUGCCCCACAUGGGGCCUUCCGCCUGGCCCCAGGGGACCCGUUCCAGGUGUCUCGAACAGUGGUAUGGCUGGGGGUGUUCUCACUAGGCUUUGCUUUGGUACUGGAUGCCCACGAGAACCUGCUGCUGGCCGAGAGCACGCUCCGACUGCUGGCCCGCCUCCUCAUUGACCACCUCCGGCUGCUGGCCCCUGGCACCAGCCUCCUGCUGCGGGCUGACCGCAUUGAGGGCAUCCUUACCCGUUUUCUGCCCCAUGGCCAGCUGCUCUUCCUCAAUGAUCGGUUUGUCCAGGGUCUGGAGAAGGAAUUCAUUGCUGCCUGGCCCCGCUAACCCCUCGCUGGGAUACAGUUUCCCUGAGAAGGCCAGGAGGGAUAGCAGAGGCUGCCCAACAGCCUCUGCCUCCUCUUUCCAGCCCCCUGCUCUCCACUCUGAUGAGCUUUUACACCCAGGGCAAAUAGAUGCAGCAAGCUGGCAGAAAGAGGGCUGUGUCUGUUUUCUGGCCAGUGAUUUUAUACAACAUCCUAAGCCUUGAACUCUUAUGUACUUGACUCAAGCCACUGCCCCACCUGUCCUUGACCUAAAGCCCUAGCAGCCAGUCAUGUUGGAAUAGUGAGGAGGGGACUCCUGGAACUUAGCCCACCCUCCCCUUUGAAAGCCUCAGUCACUGCAGCAGGAAAGGGAUCUUGGAGAUUCUCCUCAUGUUGGGGGAGCUGGGCCCACACCCUGGCAGGCACCAGCCCCUGCCUUUGGGCCUACUUAGACAACAUCAUCAAGGAUCAUGUCAGCAGGACUUGGCCCCUCCUCCUCAGAACCGCCAUUCAUCAGAAAGUCUGUAGCUCCUGUGUGCCAAGCCCAUGCCCACCAGGCAGGCCUGAGAUAAGGUCUCUAUGGGCUUCCCUCCUUUGCCCACAGCGCACUAGGCUCUGACCUGGGUGACGUUAUCUUCCGCAUUUUGAAUGAAAAGUACUGGCAGUGCACCUCACCCUGUCUCUGUGAAUUGAACGGACCCAGUCUGGUCUUGUGAGUGAGCCCCUUUGUGGGUGUGUGCUUUGUGCUCAGCCUUCUUGGGAGGCCUUUAUCCCUCCUCCCUCCUACUUCCCUCACGAUUCUUUACAUGCCUCCUUGGGAAGGCAGCCCUUGUUUAAGCAGAGCCUGAGACAAGGGUUAUGUGUGGGUGGCUUAUGUGAGAGGUAAAGCAGGAAGAGAAGAAAAUGCAGCCCAGGCAGGAAUGUGGUCAAGUCCAUUGUGACUGGGACCUUAGUUCUUAGUCACAGGGCCAGCACAAAUUACUUUGUUGUUGUUGUUGCCUAUCUUGGGGCUUGAACUCAGCGGCUGGGCACUGUCCUUGAGCUCUUUUU